ACAAAACCUAUCCAAAGGUGAACCACACAUUCAGACGUAACAGUAUUACCAUUUAUAAGGCCGCUUAAAACGAAGAGACAAUUUAUUCUACCUACGCCAUGGCUGCCGGUUUAAGCUUCUUCAAGCUCUCAUUCCUCCUCAGCCUCCUCUCCGGUGGAUCCGACCUACUACUACUAGGUCCCGGAUCCGAAUCCGGACAUGCCCAAGUCGGGAAGUUCCCGCCGUCUUGUAACCGAAUCGAGUGCCCAAGCUACGAGCUGGUUCACUCCGGAAAUGGAUACGAGAUUCGCCGGUACAAUACCUCCGUCUGGGUUUCCACUAAACCGAUUCAAGAUAUCUCUCUCGUAGGUGCUACCAGAACUGCUUUCUUCCAAUUGUUCGCAUACAUCCAGGGGAAGAACGAGUAUCAUCAGAAGAUAGAAAUGACUGCUCCGGUCAUCUCUCAAGUCUUACCAAGCGAUGGUCCCUUUUGUAAAUCUUCCUUCGUUGUAUCUUUCUACGUUCCUAAAAAGAAUCAGCCUGAUCCUGCUCCAGCUGAGAAUCUUCAUAUCCAGAAAUGGACCCCUAGGUACGUGGCGGUCAGACAAUUCAGUGGCUUCGUCUCCGAUGACAGCGUCGGACAAGAAGCGGCGGCGCUUGACUCCAGCCUUAAAGGUACGGCUUGGGCUAAUGCAAUAGAGAAGAGCAAAAAUGAAGGUGGUGUCGGGUCGGAUUCAGCUUACACAGUGGCUCAGUAUAACUCACCUUUCGAGUUCACCGGUCGAAUCAAUGAGAUUUGGUUACCGUUUGAAAUGGACGUUUAAGCCUCUGUUAAGUUUUUAAACCUUUCCAAUAAAAUAAGAGGUUGAUCUGUUGUAAAGGCUCAACCUUUUUUUUUCUUCCGAUUUAAAUUUUGCA